UGACAGAGAGAACGAGACGCUUUCAGAGGCCUCAGUCAUCUUCUCCGGAAUAUUUGAAAAUGCAAGCAUCUACUUUACUUUGUGCAGGCCUUGAUAAAGAGGAAACGGACUUGACAUAUUUGUUUGAUGUGUUUAGCUCUAGUUGUUCUCUUGAGGACAUUGCCUCUGCUUAUGUCAAGGCUAGGCACAAUGUACAAAUGGCUGGUGAAAUUCUUUGCAUGUUACAUUUGUGUUCCUCAGAUGGUGCUAGUUCAUCAAAGCCUAUAUUUGAGGGUGCAAGUGAGACAUUUUCAGAUGGUCUGUCCCCUCAAUUGGAGUGUGCAACCAUAGUUCCUGCAGCUCUGUCAUCUGACAGCAUUCUUCAAAGGACCUCUAAUAGAUUUGGCAAUACCAGAGCAUCAAAGUCAAAAAGACCCUCUCUAUCAGUGGGUACCGUUUCUGGGGUGAUAGGAAAAGAUUCCAGUAGGCAGAACACAUCAACGAAUGAAUCUGCUGAAAUGCAGAAACCAUUAAAAUUAGAAUUGAUAGGGAGGCCUUUCUCUAAUUUACCAAGUGAAGAAGUCCAGUCAAGCAUGUCAGCUAAGAACUGUAAGAUGCACACUGAUGUUGAAGAAUUUCUGUUUAAAAUGCUUGGAGACGGCUUUGAACUUGAUAUGAAUGUGAUCAAAGAAGUUCUCAGCUUUUGUGGAUAUGAUAUGGAAAAGAGUAUGGAGAAACUUCUUUUUAUGACCUUGGAAAAUUCCGAUGAUCUUGUCAGUUUAGCCGGGUCAAAGUCUACAGAGAAGAGUUCAGGUCAACAAUCUGCUCAUAGAAAUGGAUCUAGAAAUGCAAGAAAUUCAAUAGAUGAAGGUGGGUCUGCUGACAGGGCUCCUGAGAAAGAGUUACUCGAAGCAUUGUUUUGUCACUUUUGUGUUCCUAAAAGAUCGGAAGAAGCGCCUAAAAUAAGUCUCCCAUCAAGGAGACUGGAGAGAUGUGGAUAUAGGGGAUAUCAUGCUGAACCUUUUAGAGACACAAUUAAAGAAAACAAAAUUGCUACCAUGCUACGACGAGACACCAGGGCAGAAGCUGAGGAUGUCGAGAAUAGCUAUGAGAAUCUACAUAAUUCUGUGAAGGAAUAUUGGAUUACAAUGAAGGAGUAUUACAAAACUGCUUUAGAUGCAUUUUCUGAGGCUGAUCAUGUACGUGCAGAUAAAUUUUUAGAACAGGGCCAUUUCUUUUCCAGAAAGGCACGGGAAGCAGAUGCAAAAUCCAUUGAAAAACUUCUUCAGACUGGACAUGAUGAUGAUUCUGUGUCUCUUGACUUACAUGAUCAUGAACCCAAGGAAGCUAUACGUACUCUAAGGUUUCAGUUAGCCUAUCUCUCUGGCAUGCCAGCUUUCAAGUACCUUAGGAUCGUAGUGGGAAGCAAUGAUGAAGAUACUACUCGAGGAGCGCGGAGACGACUGAUUGUAAAGCAACUGGAAAAGGAAUCGAUCAAAUGGACUGAGGAGAACGGGCAGAUAAUAUUGAUCCAGCUUGAUUUGAUUGAGCCGAAACGAUUGAGCUUCUUAAAAAAGUCGAGCGAAAGAAUUCAGAAGUCACCUUCAUUUGGGCUGUGA